UUUAGCAGUGCGAAGCCGACGAUCCGACCGGCUGCACCUGUCGCUCUGCUUUGCGCGCGCGACUCUCUGAUUAUACGCGCAGGAGACCGGCAACGCUUCCUCUUUUUCUUCGCUUUUUUCGUUGCUUCCUUUUUGCCUUCUUUUUCGCUUAUUGUUUUGAGUUGAGCGAAAAUAAAUUAACUCGAACGAUUAACUUUAUAAUUCGUACAAAGUGUCGAUCGACUGUGAACGUUUUUUUGCAUCUUUUAUCAGUGCUCGUAAUCGACCGUGUAUUGGGACAAGUGUCGAGGCUCGCAAAAAGGCGCGAGGAGCAGCAAUCGUGGUGAGUGCUGCGUGUGUCCCGCAGCCAGCGCGCCGCUGCUGCAGUGCCAGUAGCAAUAGUAGUGCGCGGUGUGUGCCGCGCGCACGGCGCGUCUUCGAUACUACCUUGUAACCGACGACCAAGUUGGCUCUCCUCGCUUUGUUCCUGCGCGAGGUCCGUGCACUGCACUCCACUGCACUGCUAUUCGCGCGUGUGUGAGUGUUUAUAUAUAGAUAUAUAUUUUGUGUAAGUGUGUGUUUGUGUGUGUGUGCUGCAAACGCCGGUGAGAAACGAAGAGAGCUCAAAAGAGAGAGAGAAAGAGCCAAAGCCACGCUCUGCAGCAUCCAUAUCCACAGCACACAGACACAGAGACUCACAUAUAUACACAGCGAGUAGCAAGAGAGAGAGAGAGAGAGACUCCUUUGCUCCUUUUUUCACUCUUCUCUUCGUCCUCUCUUUAUCUUUUGCCUCCCUCGACCGGCUUCGCAACUCCAGUUUAUUACAUAUAUCUUUCUUUCUCUCGUUCCUCUCUCUCUCGAUAUACACCACUUCUUCUUCGUCGUUGGCGCGCAGGGCUGCUGCUGCUGACUGUAUACACAGAAACGUGAUCGCGCACCGAUUCCCAAUACAAAAUCUCGACUCGGCUCCUCGCAGCUCUCCUCGCACUCUCGGGCGGCACUAAACUGCCUCCUCCUCUCUCGCGCGCGUGUGUGCGCACUCGAACGAGGGAGAACGACUCUUGAAAACAGUUUUUGGUGAAUCGUCGUAACGCAGGCUCGGAUUGUGCUGAGUAACGCGGUUGGGCGAAACUCGAGACCGGAGGGCCGACAGUGACUAGUUUUGCGCUCGCGAGGCAAAAUUUAAUAUCGUGUUGUGCGUACAUCGUUGUGUCGAGUUCAGCGGCAUCAUCGACUCUCAGCCGGAGCUUCGUUAAAUAACGAGUGUUUUCAAAACAGUCGGAGACAGCAGCAGUAAAGAUCCUCGCCACUGCAGUGCGACACUGCACACGGACGACACAUCCAUACGAGCGACAAAAAGCCACGCGGGCUACACAAAUACACUAGAGGCCGUCCAGAGAGAAGAGAGGAUUAUGGAACGAGGCAGUGGGGGUCGAUAGUUCGAUCGGCCUUUCCUUCCCCCUCUGGAAAAACAGCACGAGCCAAUUGAAUGUAUCAACGAGGAAGAAGAUCGAAGGAGCUGCUGGAGGCCUCGGUGGCGGACGAGGAGGAGAUGUCCUCGAUAAUGGACGACAGCUGCAGCAGCAGCGCGACCCUGGGUCCAUCGGGCCACCACCAGACCAACGGCAUGAGCAACGGCACGAGCAACGGCGGGCCCAAUGGCAUGAGCAACGGAGUGACCUCGCGCUGCCUCCUCAUACUGCAAAGGUCGCUGGCGAUUCAGCUGACGCGCGGACCACCGCCGCAGAUUCUGGGCUCGAGCCCGGCUCAAAAGCAAAACGACUCGUCCCUCCACGGUGGUAAUAGUAACGGAGGCGGCAAGGACCAUCAUCCCGCCGACGAUAUGUGGAUGUACGACAAGGGUUACAAUCUGUUUCAGAGCUUUCUAGAAGCGAAUUCCCGAUGCUGGUGGAACGUGGCGCUGGUCGAUGCCACCCGCCAGCUCAGGUACAAGGGCCACGUGGCGCCCGGCAUACUCAUGGUCGGAGGUCCGCCCUGCGCUCUCGAGGUCUUGAGAGCAGCUUGGGCGCGGAACGUACUGCGACCGCCAGCGGAUCACGUUAUAAGCUGUCUUGGUGACAUCGACGACUGCCUGAUCUCGCCGGUGGUGCAGGGCCAGUUCACGCCGCUACCCGAGGCGCUCUGCUGGGCCAUUCUGGAGCUGACGUCGCAGCGACAGGCCGCGACCCUCGACACACUGCGCUCGGCCCUGAAGAACGCCUUUCCGGCCAUGCAGCGACCCGGCCGCGAUCUCGUCUACGACGCCCUGGCCAAGCUCAUGCAGGAGCGCAAGAUCUAUCACACGGCCCAGGGCUACUUCGUGGUGACGCCCGAGACGAGGCGGCUGCGGCGCGAGUCCAGCCAGAGGCGCAGGAACGAGCGGGACGUGGUGUCGUCGCGCGAGGGACGCGCCCAGGCGGGCAUGCUCAUGAGCAACGACGAGGCCAUGGCCCUCGUGCACGGCGAGAUGCUGACCCUCAGGGACGGCGACGUCACCCACCAGGCCGUACAGACGAAUCUAGCUGACGUCAUUUGCGGUGGUAACCCAAACGACAAGGUGCUAUUCGCUCGGUGCCGAUCGGUACCGAGCCGUUUAGAACGCAGACACUCGCUCCGGCUGUGGGGCUCGGCGAGGCGACUACACCGCAGCGGCAGCUCGAGGUCGCUGCCGAGGCGGCCCGAUCGCAGCGAUACCUCCUCGAGCGCCGAGUACGCCAGCACGGACAGCGCGCCCCACUCGCCAACCAAAAAGAUCGGCCUGCUGUCGAGGCUCUUCCGACGCAGCACUCGCAGAAAAGCCGGCGGUGGCGCCGCGGGAGGAACUCCCCUCAUGGGCACGUUCAGCGCCCAGUAUCCGCCGACCGAGUGGUUCAAUCCUCGAGUCGUCCAUCUGCACAGCGUUGCCACCCAGACGAGAGCUGCCAGUCCAUCGAUGAUGGACGGUCUCGAGCAGUCGCAGGCGAGCUUCCAGGUGUGGGACGACUCGAGCUCGAUGCGCUCGGCUACCCUGCCCCGCAGACACCGGCGCCAGCCGUCCGCGGACUCGUCCUCGCUGCUGGCCAACUCCACGCCGCGCAGCUCUCGCAGGCAUCGAUCGCCCUGCUCGACCCUGCCGCGCUCCAAGUGCUCCAGCCUCAGCAGGUGCACCUCGCGAGGCUCGGUUCUGCCGCCCUCCAGUGCCGCGGCAGCUGCUGCGGCGGCCGCCGCGUCCGCCAAGACCUCGGCCAACUCGUCGCCCAGCCGAAGCGGCGGAAGCAGCAGCACGACCUCGCUGAGAAAUAACGGCAGCAGCAACGGCGUUGGCGGUGCCAACGGCAACAGCGGCACACCCAGCCCGGCCAAGACCAGCAACGGUCAUCUUGCCAGACUGCAGCAGCAGCAGCAGCAGCAAUCGUCGAGGCACUCGUCCAGGCGGCCCAGCCACGACUCCUCGACCCUGAGCUCCUCCUCGCCUAAGUCAGCCAGUGCCUCGCCCCAACACAAGACUCUACCGAAAUCUCUGUCGAAUCAUUCGAGUCAUUCGAGCAACAAAUCGACGACGAGCAGUCGAAUGUCCUCGUCGCCGCUCAAGACCACAACGACGACCACGACGACGACGACGACCAGCAGCAACUCGCCGCUCAAACAGAUUUUGGCCAUGAGCCCGCUUCAGGAGUCUGCCCAGAACUCCAUCACUCUGCAAGUCUCGACGAACCUGAGCCCGUCCACGCAGGAGCGCAACCUGCCCAGCGUCCAGAGUAGCGUCACCCUGGCCUCGAGCGCCUCCAAUGGAACAACCAUCUCCGGCACUCCGGGCACAAAGAUUUACGUGCAUCAGAACAGCUCCCCGAUGAGAUCCGUCAUUACCUUCGAGAACGGCAGUCCGACCAAAGCCACCGUCUCGCAGGUCGGAGUGAUGGAGAACGGCACUGCCAAACAGCAGCCGCAGCAGCAGCAGCAACCGCAAAAGGCAAAACAAGAGGACAAGCCGCAGAAGCUCGAGAAGGAGCUGCUCGGCGAGAAAGGCUUCAAGACGGAUAUCAAAGCCGAGAGGCCCUCGUCGCUCUACAGCGCCGACAAGGAGAACAAACCCAGCAGCAAGGGCGAUCUUCUGGACCACGAGAUCGUGACGAGCAAGCUCAAGCUGACCAACAAUCGGCUGAACAACAGCCAAGCCCAUCUGAUUGACACCAACUGCAAGGAGAGCAACGACGCGAUGAACAACUCGCGCAAGCUCAGCCUCUCGCUGUCCAAGGACGCGCUGAGCUACCGCAAUCUGCUCAAGAACAACGUCUCGUCGAAUCCGCCCUCGCCGACCAAGUCCUACGACGGAUUCGGCGGCUCGUUCAACAACGUCUACAUCGAGAAGCUUGACGGCCAGUCGAACAAGAUCAAGAAGCCCCAGGGCUCGGAGCCGAACCUCGACAAGACCCAGAGCCGGCCCGACCUCUACUCGUAUCCUAGUCUCAGCGACAUGCAGCUGCAGUUCACCAGCCUCGCAGCGCAGAAAAUUCUCAAGGGCUGCCCGCUAAAUAGCGUCGACACCCUCGUCGAGGUCAACAUGGCCGCCGGCAACGACAAACCCAACAACUGCGAUCGCACCGUCCACACCGACUUCGGACUCGUCUGAGCUGCUGUACAAUCGCUUCGAAUGUACAUCAAUCCCCUCAAGCAACGAUGCAUUGCCAUUUACUGCCUUUUCUCGAGCACAAGAAGAAACGAGAGGCAGUCGUAUACAUAUAAUAUAUACUUUUAUAAAAUUGUAAACUUGGAGCGAUUUUCGUUUUUAAUCAAACUCGCAAGGCGAUCGAGCCGUAAUCAACUGUACAUAAUAUAACAUAGCACACGAUGCAACGAUACUUUGUAAUCCGAACCCGUCAAUUUACUGUAUUUAUAUCGAGAUUUUUUUUCACCGACACGCGCGCAAAAUAUUAAAAUACAUUGUACACUUUAAUACGGCGCGUCGCAUAUCAUAUAUAAUUAUAAUAACACAUACGUAUAUAUAUCGAAACGUCGACAAUGAUAUACAAUUGCAAUUAAUAGAUGUGUACAUUUUUUUUCUCUCUUCAUUUUGUAUUAAUUAGCGCUCGAGGGACUUGAUUAAUUGUCGCGUCGAUGAGAUCACUCGGUGCAGUUUAUAUAUUAUAGAUAAUUUGACUAAUUAAAACAAAUACCGUCGCUAAUAUGGAGGUCGCUGUAUAAUUCGUGUAUGCGCGCGAGCACGUGUGGCUGCUCCGACUUUUGUCGAUCAAAAUAUACUCGAAUUAUGUAAUGUAAUGAUUUUUCAAGUGCCAAAACUGUAGAUUAUUCAUAUGUAUUUGAAAUCGAUCGCCUUAAAAGCGUUUCCGACGAAUUUUAUGGUAAUUAUUUUCUUCGUUUUUUCAAAAUUAUGUGUCCAAAUUCGUACGAAACGCCGAAUGUUUUACAAAAUAUUACCCCCGUUAUAGUCGAUCUAAUUAAAAACAAUAAUUCAGGCAAUUAUAUUGUAACCCUUAGCUUUAGUGUCCCACCCUGCAUACAGGGAAUUAAUAGUACUUAACAGCGCCUUACUGAUAUAUUAUAUACCAUAAUGAAGGAAGGACUGGACUCAUUCGAACGAUGAACGAUUUUUGUACGACAUAUAUAGAUGACAAUAUGCAUACACCUCGCUAAUUAUUUUUUGUACAAAUAGAUGAAAUAAAACUGUAAAGUCAGGGUCAAUUUUAAGGUGAGGAAAUAAUAAAGAAUUUAUUACCAAAAGCUAGUACAAUAAUGUGAUGAGAAACGAAAGUUUGUAGUGAAAAAUUUCGAAAAGCAAUGGAAGCGAUAAAUUAUUUUUUCGGUAGAAACGAUUUUCAAAAACGAUUUUAAAAAAACCCCAGUAUAGUCGAGCUUAUGAUACAAAAUAAAUUUUAUAUCAACGACUAUGUAUGAUCCUAGUCCUACCUUGCACGCACAAGCGCAACUGUCUCGAGCUUUUUACACGUGUAUGAUGACGCAGACUAAAAUUCAUUGUAUUACGUUUUUUCCCCUCAUAUUUUUUCAUCAAAACUGACUUAUAGGAACAUUAAGUAAAAUGUGUAUAAUAUUAUUGUCUUGUAUGGAUGUAACGAGGAAACCGCAAUAAUAAAAUAUUAAUUACAAUAUCAUCAAA